AUGAACAGUACAACAGAAAAUGGAACCAGCCAUAGUGAAACGGAGAAGGUGGUUUCAGAAGUGGCCGACGCAAAAUCAAGUGACAGGAUGUAUGUGAAAUCUCUGGAGCAUAUAUUCUACGACACUAUUGAUGGUGUCAACUACUACGCAUUCAACAAGAACGGCAGAGUCAAAGAACAGCUUCCUUUAGUUCUUGAUCUUGAUCUGCGUUGCGAUGACGUCAUCGUGUCAGGGUAUCCCAAAUCCGGAAAUCACUGGAUCUUCGAAGUUCUGACGAUGAUUUUACAUCAAAACACGAACUUUAACGAACGCGUUUUUCACAUCAACUUGCUGGAAUUUCUGAAUAAAGAGGUUCAAUUCGUGCUAGAUGCGAUCCCGUCGCCAAGAGUCCUAACCACCCACCUGAGAUCUCAUCGACUUCCGAAGCAGGUCAAGGAGAAGAAUCUGAAGAUCGUGUACGUUUUGAGAAAUCCCAAAGAUGUGGCGGUAUCUAUGUAUAACAUGUUUAUCAACAAUGGUCCGCUUUACACAAGAUACAAUGGGACUUUUGGAGAAUUUAUCGACCUAUUUUUGAACGGGAAAUUUUUUUGGGGUCAGUGGUGCGAUCAUGUGUGGUCGUAUGAAAGAUUUACGAAUGGACAUCCCGACCAUUCUGUCUACAUUGUGCCUUUUGAAAAGAUCAAGGAAGAUCCUGUAAAAAUUAUCCGCGGUCUUUGCUCUUUCCUAAGCAAGCCUGAUUUUCUUGCAGAAGAUAUUGUCCGAGUAACAGAAUUCAGUAACAUGAAGAAUAUUCUCAGCAAUGGCAAAAUGAAGAAGAUAAACCAACUGGUAACACAAGACGGCAAGGAUUUCAUUUUUAGAAAAGGAGAGGUUGGUGACUGGAAAAACUGGCUAACGGCAGAUCAAAAUGACGUCUUCAAUAAAAUAUUUGAGGAGAAAAUGGCUGGGUCCAAACUGGCAGAUAUAAUUAGAGAGUAUAUGUAA